AUGAAAAAAGAUAAUGAUGGAAAAACAGCUCUUCAUGGAGCAGCACAAUAUAAUAGCAAAGAAACAGCAGAACUUCUUCUUUCACAUGAUAUAAAUAUCAAUGAAAAAGAUAAUGAUGGAAAAACAGCUUUUGAUAUUGCAGCAAGUAUGAACAAACGAGAAAUAAAUGAUUAUCUUAUUUCGUAUGGCGCAAAAUUAUAA